AGCAGGAGGUUGCGCGAUGUUUUCAUCAUCACGCGCAAGACUGAUGCCAGUAGGAGGCGCAGCAAGCACCAUGGCGGCUUCCUUGUCGCUUGUUGUGCUCUACCCGAACGGUCACCGGCAGGUUUUCCACGUCAACUCGAACACCAGCAUAUUCCAGAUUCUGGAUGACGCAUGCAAGAAGCAACGCCUGAACCCAUCGGAAUACGAUUUGUACCACCACGAGCGUCCGCUGUCGCACAGCCUGCCGGUGUCGUUCACCAAUCUUCCCAACAAUGCCGAGCUGGAGCUGCGUGCCGCCGCGAACGGCCAGCGUCGGACCGCCGCCGCGGCAGCUGCCAGCGUGGACAUCUGCCUGCAGCUCGAGAACAGCGAGCGGCUCAUGGCACAGUUCCCGGCCUCGGCGUCGCUGUUUGACGUCGUCUCCCACUGGCCUGACAAGAUUGAGGUUCAAGACAAAGACCAGAAAACUGACCUGGUGUGUGUCUACAUGAGGAAAGAGAUUGUUGGCACAGAACAGCUGCGUGGAACAACGUUGCAAAACCUUGGCCUUACGAGCGGCAGGGCAGCCAUCAGGCUUCUACACAGGCCAAAAGGCUGCGUGGUGCAGCAGGCCCACGUGAGCCGGCACUUUGCGGUGCCGUUCAAGAAGGAAGAGGACCCGCCCGCCGCCCGGACCGAAGCUGCACCCACAAGCCCAACCCGGCCCACGUCUCCGAAGCAGCUUCGUCCCGCCACUCCGGUCAAAGACACGGCCACCUCGCCAACGAGACCCAGAUCGGCAUCUCCACAGGAUGUUGUCAUGGAAUCGCCAACCCAUUCUCCAGCUCGUGACAACAAUGCCGCCGGCCCCAAGGUUCGGUUCAGCCCUCCGCCGGCCACGACGAAGGCGGAAACCCUGACCGUGCGUGAAGAAGACAUCAAAUACAUCGGAGAGCGAAAGGCGGUGCUCUUCAACCUGGAACACUGCCCCCCACUAGCUGCUGAUGAGUUUGGGGACAGCUUCUAUGAAGUCACCAUAGAGGAUGCCAAGUACCUUCUGGCCGACUACAAGAGGCAGAGGGACGCUUUGGAGAACCGUCCCCUGGAGACACAGCAGCUGCGCGAGCAGCGGCAGGAGCGCCUCGCGAAGCACUACCCCGUCGUCCUGAUCAGGAUCUACUUUCCAGACCGGUACGUGCUUCAAGGAACAUUCCUGGCAGAGGAACGAGUGGCCGACGUGUCACAGUUUGUCAGAGGCUUCCUCCGGGACAACACCAUGGACUUCAAUCUGUAUACGUCUCCCCCAAAACAGAUCCUGGAUCAAAGUAAAACACUAAUAGAGGCUAAUUUGGUUCCUGCGUCAGUGGUCCACUUUGGCGGUGCGGUGAAGACGGGGGUACCGCUCCUCCGCGACGACAUCCUGGGCAUGGUCUCGACUCCGGGCGGGGCCACAGCAGCAGCUACGCGGCUCAG